GGCACUGUCUCUACAGGCUUUGCUGAUUGCAGCCCCCCUUGGCUGGGAGAGGUAAUGUCAGGUCCUGCUCACCUGUUCUAGUUAGCGUCUACGGACCGUUAUCUUAUCGGACCUGCUAAUGUUCGUGGACGACAGUGGCCCUUCACGUCAUUCAAAUUUGUUGCGCCAGCCAACCCACGCUUCCGUUGAGAGUGAUGCCUUAAUAUUGCCCACAAUCUUACACUAUAGAUGGGUUACAGCUCAAACGAUACUAUGGAUGAAACAGGCCGCGUUACGGCGUUGUCCCGUCCGCCUCUGUAUGGUCUAGAGUCUAACCAGAGCUCGUCAAGCGUCUUCCAUGACGUAGAGAUGGCUCAGGAAGAGCUGUUUUCUGGACCAGUCGCAGAAAGUCUUCCUUCUAGCGUCUCAGCCUUCUCCCAUCGAAGACGUCGCACUGAUUCAAAUGCCAGUUUUGCUUAUUACGACGAGGAAGACGACCCUGAUCCACGCCCAAAUAAUUUAAACGCGGUUGAAGAGUGGGAUACAGACUCACGGCGUCCAAGUGCCGAUGUCGGUGAUAUUGACUUCGCUGUUGAUGUUAUCGACGAUUUUGACGACUUUGACGAAGACUCGGCGGACGCGACUUACCAAGCCUCAGAAGGUGACUACGCCCUCCGUCGCCGCUCUUCUACCCACUCUAGAAUCUCUGUUCGCGCAGCGCUUCUCCGAAGAGAUAGCUCUGCUACUGCUGGGAGUUCAAGGGUCGUGGGGCGUAACAGCCAAAAGGUGUACAUGACCAAUGAGGACCUCACCAUCGCUGUAGCUGGUUUUCGUACAGGGACAAUCAGAUCUAUUGUAUACAUUUGCUUGUGCAUAUGUACACUUGGGCUUGCAUUUCUACUUUGUAGGUGGCUCCCUCGCUGGUAUGUGGCUAUUCUUGGUCGACCAUGCGCAUUAAAGGAAUGCGACUGGGUCGUAAUUGAGAACCAAUGGGGCGAGCUAGCCUUGGUUCCUGUUAUUGAACAGCCAUUUGGGCGACCAGCUUCAACUGUCUUUGGACUUCCAGACAAAAUCCCUAUGUACGGACUUGACGAUGAGACUGAUCCCCUUAUGGAUACUCUACGAACAGUGGACUACAGAUAUGUCCGGUUUUAUUUUCACCCACUCAAGGACAAAUUUGUGCUUUGCGGUGGUUGGAAAGACCCUAACUGGACUGACGUACGCCUGGCUAGAACUGGUAUGGAUGGUGAGGAAAAGCUCUUGCGCGAAACAAUGUUUGGAAGCAACCUCAUUGAUAUUGAACAAAAAUCAACGGGUCAGCUUUUGGUUGAUGAGGUGCUCCAUCCUUUCUACAUUUUCCAAGUUGCCAGCUUGGUCCUGUGGUCUAUGGAUUCGUACUAUUACUACGCUGCUUGCAUUUUUGUGAUGUCUGUAGGAAGUAUUGCCGCUACGCUGAUUGAGACCCGUGCAACAAUGAAACGAUUGCGGGAGAUCUCUCGAUUUGAAUGUGAUGUCCGUGUACUUCGAAGUGGAUUUUGGAAAUACGUCUCUUCCAGCCAACUUGUGCCGGGUGAUGUCUACGAACUUAGUGACCCGAAUCUUACCCAAUUUCCCAGCGAUAGUGUACUACUUACAGGGGACUGCAUUGUCAAUGAAAGUAUGCUGACUGGAGAGUCUGUACCUGUUUCAAAGCUUCCAGCAUCCGACGGUACCCUUCAAGAUAUGAACCUGGGAGCAGCUUCUGUCUCACCUGAUACUGCUCGCCAUUUCUUGUACUGCGGAACCAAAAUCAUUCGAGCUCGACGGCCACAAGAAGAUGAGAAUGGAGAUGCGGUUGCUCUUGCACUGGUAGUGCGGACCGGCUUCAACACCACGAAAGGAUCUCUUGUUAGAUCCAUGCUCUUCCCAAAACCAUCCGGGUUCAAGUUCUACAGAGAUUCAUUUCGAUAUAUCAGCGUCAUGGGAGUUAUUGCGCUAGCUGGGUUUGCAGCAUCAUUGGUCAACUUCAUCCGUUUAGAAUUGGAGUGGCACCUCAUCAUUGUUCGCGCUCUGGAUUUGAUUACUAUUGUCGUCCCCCCGGCACUUCCUGCAACGCUCACGAUCGGCACCAACUUUGCCUUGGCGAGGUUGAAGAGCAAGAAGAUAUUUUGCAUAAGCCCACAACGGGUAAUUGUUGCUGGAAAAUUGGAUAUCAUGUGUUUUGACAAGACUGGUACUCUUACGGAAGAGGGUCUCGACGUUUUUGGUAUACAGGUAGCUUCCAAAGCUCAAGGUCGUUUCUCUGACUUGCUCAAGAACCCUGAAAUCUUAUCGACUGCUCCAUAUACCGCUGGUUCAGUACCAGAUGCUUCAGCCGCUAUUCUUUAUACCAUGGCAACUUGCCAUUCUCUGCGAUCAGUCGAUGGGAGCUUGGUCGGAGAUCCACUAGACUUGAAGAUGUUUGAAUUUACCACAUGGGACUUUGAAGAGGGUGGUCAAGCGACAGGGGAAGGGGAGGACGCCGAUCAAACAAGCCUAGCCCCUCCCACUGCCAGGCCAAAAAAUCGCUCUAUGGAACUUGGGGUCCUCAAAUCGUUUGAGUUUGUAUCUCAGUUGCGACGAGCAAGCGUUGUUGUUCGCCAGUUCGGACAAAGGAGUGGCGAUAUUUUCGUGAAGGGCGCACCGGAAGCGAUGCGUGACAUCUGCCGACCAGAUACCUUUCCCCACGACUACGACGAGCUACUUUCUUACUAUACUCACAAAGGAUACCGUGUAAUCGGGUGCGCCACGCGCCAUAUUCCGAAGGUCAGCUGGGUAAAGGUUCAGAAGAUGGCACGUAGCGAAGCAGAGAACGAUCUUGAUUUCAUUGGCUUCAUCAUUUUUGAGAACAAACUGAAACCAAGUACAGCUGGUAUCAUAACGGAACUCCAAAGUUCCAAUAUUCGCACUGCCAUGGUGACAGGCGAUAACAUUUUGACAGCUAUUAGCGUGGCCAGGGAAUGUAGCCUUUUGGACCCAACAGCACACUGUUUCGUACCACACUUCACACGGGGUGACUGCCUUGAUCCUAAUGCUGAGAUUCAGUGGGACAGCAUUGAGAAUAGCUCGUACAGACUUGACGGGAAUACCCUUGUACCGCUCUCCCCACCACCUGAUAUGGAAACAUCUCUACCAUAUCAUAUAACAAAUUUAAGAAAUUACUCUCUCGCUGUGACUGGCGACGUCUUUCGGUGGAUUAUUGACUACGCACCGGCCCACGUGUUACGAAGGAUGCUUGUGCAAGGUAAAGUAUUCGCUCGAAUGUCUCCAGAUGAAAAACAUGAACUAGUGGAGAAGCUCCAGAGUAUUGGAUUCUCCUGCGGAUUUUGUGGCGACGGCGCCAAUGAUUGCGGAGCGCUUAAGGCAGCUGAUGUUGGCAUUUCCUUGAGCGAAGCAGAAGCAUCAGUUGCUGCUCCAUUUACUUCUCGCGUUUUUGAUAUUCGCUGCGUGGUAGAAGUCAUCCGGGAGGGUCGCGCUGCGCUGGUAACCAGCUUUAGCUGCUUCAACUACAUGAGCUUGUACUCCGCGAUCCAGUUCACUUCGGUCAGCUUUCUCUAUGCCAAAGCUUCGAAUUUGGGAGACUUUCAGUUUCUCUUCAUUGAUUUACUUCUCAUUCUUCCCAUCGCUAUUUUUAUGGGUUGGGCUGGACCAGCUGAUACUCUAUGUCGCAAGCGACCGCGGUCUGACCUUGUCUCCAGGAAGGUUCUCACACCUCUCCUAGGACUAAUGGCAAUCUGUAUCACGAUACAAGCUAUAUCGUAUACCGUGGUCAAGAGACAAAAGUGGUACAUCCCUCCAGUGAUUGACCACGACGAAUCCAAUACAGAAAACUCAGAAAACACGGCACUAUUCUUGACAUCAUGCUUUGAAUAUAUAUUUUCAGGCGUCAUACUGAAUGCUGGUGCCCCAUUUAGGCAGGGAGUCAAGUAUAACUGGCCAUUUGUUGUCACCAUCCUCACCGCUCUCACGAUAACAGUGCACAUGCUGUUCAAUCCUUCGAAAUGGCUGAGGACUCUCAUGGAGUUGACGUAUAUAAGCACUUGGUUUAAAUUCCUCAUUAUUGGGCUUGGAGUGGUAUAUUUGGUCCUGUCAUGGAGUUUUGUCACAUUUGGAGCCCCCACCUUGGCUUCUGCAAUUGGUAGCGCCAAAUUGAAAAUGACGGGGAAGCGGAAACAGCGGAAAGAAUACAAGGUCAUAGAGGAGGAAAUACGGCUAGACAAACUUUGAGGCUAUCACGGCAGCGCUUUCUGUAGCAAAGCGACAAACAGUAUCCCCUACUGAGGGGAUCAUUACCUCACCAACACAAUGGCGAAAUUUUGAAGUCCAUCUAUUGAGCUUAAGACUCUUUUUUAUAGAAAUAUUACACCAAAGUUGACAAGAUCACAUCAUAUAUCCCUUCUUAGAGUGAAGUCUAAUUGGUAUU